AGAGGAUAGCUUUGUUAUGCAAAAAAACACCUCAGACAGAUAUGCACACAGACUUCAGACGAUACACAACAUAAGUGUCCACUAGGUGGGGACGUAGGGUUGGGACUCUCCUCACUUCAGUGCGUGCAGCCGCAAGAGCAGUGCUCAUCACCUCCGUUUGGACAGGGGAGGGAGAUAAUGGUUUAGAGAGCACAUUGACUCCUAGAUACGGUUCCACGGCCUUCACUGGUAACAGUCCCGCCCAGGCUGGGAUAGGGAGAAAGAGGGUUUCCAUAGCAACGGCAGCAUUCCACAUAUCUUCUGAGGGGGGUGUUUUCACUUCAACCUCACAGGCUUCAAGGGCACCAGAUUAAGAUAAGAAUUGUUUUGGGUACAGACAGAGAUAAUUUCCUCUCUGCCUUAGAGUUCUGUUGGUCUUCAACCCCUCCAGGUCCAAUAAUGGCGUAGUCAAUCUAUUCCAAUCCGUGCUGAUCCGUCAACUCUCUCCUUGAUUGAAUCCACCUUCUGUACCAGAGCCUGAAUCUCAGCCAAAGUUCCAAGUUUACGACUCAUCUUGACAUUUAUACGAGUCUGUGAGUUUACAGCACGAUGCAUUCCAUCCCUGAGCUCCGGGAUUAAGCCAAUAUUCCUCGAAAACUCGUUAAUUUUCCGGUAUGCCAGGUAACCGCUCUGGCUAAACAGCAGGAAUCCCGACACUAAAACAACGAAUAUCCAGACAUCUUCAGAAUCCUCUACAGACAGUUGAGACAGGCAGAUCAGGUUCCACUGUUUCCAGGAGUCCAUGAUAUACCCAGCUGGCUCUGUCCCAGAGGGACAUCUGGGAGCCCCUUCUAUCGUUGUCAUCGUUAAAAAAAUUUGUCAGUCGCGUUGAGAGACCAGCUGACCAGAUCCAUGUUUAAUAAUUUCCAGUUUCCAGAAAAAAUGCAGAAAGCGCAGUGCACAGGCAGACAGGACAGAGAGCCUUGGGAGGAGGGAGGGAGGGAGAGGAGCAAAAAGUGUCUGUACUCCCCAAGAGCCGGAAUAUAUAGAAAACUUUUUUCUGAUUGGCUUAAUGAAUUGACCUGUAUUGGAAUGUUUAUUAUUUGAAGUGCCUGGAGACGACUCUUGUCGUGAUUUUGCGCUAUAUAAAUAAACUUGAAUUGAACUGACAGUCGGCUGCAACCACUUCAACUUUAGGACAAACUACCAGAGUCUAAAAAGAAAAACACCAUUUAAAACCAUGGCCAGCAAAAGACAUUUGGACCCAGUAAAGGGUGAUUGGUGUUUAGCGCUAUCUUGUUUUCUACCAGAUCUGCUCGAGUGCCAGAUCGCCUGCCAAUGACAUCACACUACAUGAUUGGCUGAAGGCAGGACCUACUAAAGUUACGAUACCACAUUCGUAAAAGUUACAUUAGCACUUUGACAUUGAAGAUUUUGAUCGGUCCAAACAAAUUUGCGGUUGUAGUCCUGUAGUCCAAAAACAAACACUUUUCGGACAAAAAAUGGGGCAAAAUUAAAUUAAAAAAACUUUGUUGAACAAAUAGCAAGCAACAUUUUUAAUGAAUGAAUGGAUUUAUUUACAUAAGAACUUACGAAAUAUACAGAGCAAUCUCAAAUUUAUACAAACGGACAUGGCUGCUAAUUAUGUAAAUUAAUUUAAAAAAUGUCACGUUUAACACCUGUUGUGCUUUUUGACAGUGUGAUGUUGGUUUUAUAUAGUUUAUCAUUCUUUAAAAACGAAGACAAUACGGUGUUUUAAUACCCAAUUUCAGUUAAAAAGAAAUAAUUUAGGCCGUAAGACACUAGAAUGUAUAACAAAACUGCUAAACUCUUUCCAAAACGUAAGUGUAAAAACCGAGUGGAUUUGCCGUUGUGUGACAUCAUCGGCAGGCACAGGACCCCAAGGCGGUCUGGCACCCGAGCAGAUCUGGUACCUACACCGGCAUCACGGGUUUCUGGUUCCGGAAGACGUGUCUCAGGGAAGAUACCCGAGGGGAGGGGUGGCUGGCAGGCAGAUGGCAAGGGACCGAGUAUCUGGGACACAUUUUGUCAUGAAAAAGGAAAUGUGUUUGGGGACCAAACUGGAGAUGUGGCCUGUAACAGCUAUGAGCUGUGGGAGAAAGACCUGGAGUGUAUCCAGCAGCUUGGUCUGACCCACUAUCGCCUGUCCGUCUCAUGGGCUCGCCUCCUGCCCGAUGGGAUGACACAACAUGUCAAUCAGAGAGGUGUACAGUACUAUAACAGAGUGAUCAAUGACCUCCUGGCCUGUAAUGUAUCACCAAUGGUCACAUUGUACCACUUUGACCUGCCCCAAGCGCUUCAUGAUCUGGGGGGUUGGAAGUCACCGGAGAUAGCAACUCUUUUUGACAACUAUGCCAAGUUUUGCUUCCAAACAUUUGGCGAUCGCGUCAAGUUCUGGAUCACAAUCAAUGAGCCUCAUAUAUGUGCCAAAUUAGGCUAUGAAGAUGGUAUCCAUGCACCAGGGUUGAAAGAAAAAGGCACUACUGCCUACCUGGUGGGGCACAACAUGCUGCGAGCUCAUGCCAAGGCAUGGCACAGCUACAACUCAGAAUACAGAGCCAAGCAGAAGGGUGCGGUCUCUCUGGCCUUCAACAGCGACUGGUUUGAGCCACUGGAUCCGAGCUGUAGUGCGGACAUCACUGCUACCGAACGGGAGUUUGCAUUCACACUUGGGUGGUUUGCUUGGCCUGUAUUUGUUACUGGAGAUUAUCCUGAAACAAUGAGAUUUGCCAUUAAUUCUCAGAGCCAGAAGCUGGGUUUUGAUGGCACUUCAAGACUUCCCACGUUCUCAGACGAUGACCCGUCCAUUUUAGGAACAGCUGAUUUCUUUGCACUUAACUAUUAUACAGCUCGGAAAGUCAAAGCAGGAGGAGGUGUUGAUCAGACAUUGAGUAUGAAGAGUGAUCUCGAUGCAAAGGAGGUUUUGGAUCCAUCCUGGCCCAUUUGUGGCGCACCCUGGCUGGCAGUAGUGCCCCAUGGCUUGAGGAAACUCCUGAGAUAUAUAAAGGACACCUUCCACAACCCAAUGGUGUACAUUACAGAGAAUGGCUUCUCUCAGAUGGGCCCUGUUCAGAUUGAGGAUUGGGAGCGUUGGGAGUUUUACAGUAGCACCAUCUCGGAAGUGGCUAAAGCCAUACAGGAAGACGGGGUCAAUGUCCGUGGAUAUUUUGCUUGGUCACUCAUGGACAACUUUGAAUGGGCUGAUGGAUUCAGCGUUCGCUUUGGGCUUUUCCAUGUGGACCUCUCUGAUGCCGAACUGAGUCGAACCAUGUAUCGAUCUGGACGGGAAUAUGCACGGAUCAUAUCAAAAUAUAAAACAUCUGGUCAAGCCAAAUGAUAGGAGGACAUGAUGGGAGUUGGAGCCAUCAUGUGGGCUGCAAAGGAAACCAUUUCAAAAUACUAUUGGACAUGAAUCAGUUUUAGGAUGGCAAAUUAAAAGCUUAGUGAUUACACCCUAAUGAAUCAGUGUUUAAUCAAAUCACAAGUCACAAAGUACUAAAACGAGGUUCUGAUUUUGAAUCUGAAUAAUCAGCCUUUAUAAAUUAGGAUAUUUCUGUUUCCUAAAAUUGGCUUUUUAAUCUUGAAGAUUAAAAAAAGUUUAAGUUAGUUUGACAUACAGAUACAGAGAUGAGUCUAGAUUUAAAGGCCAGAACAUGGCAUCGUUAUGUGGGUAUUUAGAGCUGGCUGGAACAUUUUCAGUAAAGAAAAUGGCUUAAAACCAAACCAGUCACUUCUCUGUCGCACUCAUAAGAGACACAAUACUUAGGGCAGCAGUAGCUCAACAGGUUAAGCGGGUUGUCCAGUAAUCGGAAGGUUGCAGGUUCAAUCCGGGCUCCGACAGAGAAUUCUGCUGUUGUGUCCUUGGGCAAGACACUUAACCCACCUUGUCUGCUGGUGGUGGCGCCUGUGCUCGGCAGCCUCACCUCUGUCAGUGCGCCCCAGGGCAGCUGUGGCUACAUCGUAGCACAUCACCACCAGUGUGUGAAUGUGUGUGUGAAUGGAUGAAUGAUACACUGUAGUGUAAAGCGCUUUGGAGUCCUUACUCUGAGAGGUGCUAUACAAGUGCGGGUCAUUUAUCAUUUAGUAGUAAAUUUAAAGUGUGACAAUAACAAAAUUAAGGGCGUAAAAGUCAUCAUCGGAAGGAGCCUGAAAUGUAAUUUUCACAUCAUUCUUGUUACAAACUGCUUGUUGAUUAAACAAAUACAAAUAUUCAGAGUAUUUGAGGUGAUCAGGUACAUUUCUGAUCAGGUACUCUUCUAAUAAGAAAACAGCCUCAUCAUAGACUGUUGAUGUUUCCAGGAUUAGAGCCCCAGAUGAUGGUUCUGCUUGUGGGGCUAUACUCCCACCUUGUGGUUCACUUAAGAAAUACAACUGGCUGAAGUUUGACUCCUCACAAUAUGGUGAUCUAUAUGAAAUGUAUCCUAAAGCAGUACACACGUGGGCAGCUAUCUAAAUGCCAUACAUCACAUAUGUAACAAUUGAUAUUUAUGCUUCAACAUGAAGGAAACUGUCAUCUAUACCCUGUGUUGGGGAGAGACAGUUGUUUGCAUUAAUAAGCACGCCGCUGUAUCGUGACACCCAGUCGGCUGUGCGUACUGUUUUGAGCAGAUGUGAAUAAUACCCCCAUGCCCCUCGUCCAUCUUAUGUCAGGAUGAGUGAGAAUCUUCUUUGUCUUGUGAUGAAUACAGCAGCCACUGUGGAAGCAUGAGUGAUGCCACUUCUGCUCGCAUCACAACUUUGUUUGAUCUCAAAGUUGAGUCCCAUUUUUAUGAACUUUACCUUCUAUCUGUUGCUCUGAGCCACAUAGACACAAUACAAAGGCUUUCUCACAGUGGGCCCACCAAGAGAGGACCUGGGGGCUGUUGAGUGGCAAAAAAGACCAGUGUCUCCAAGAGCAUGGAUUACUGAACCAGAACCAAAGGAUGAUUCAUUAAAUGAAGGAAAGCUGUUUUAGCAGUACUGGCCUUUUUUUGUGUGUGCAAAUUUUUGCUAAAAUGAAAUAAAAAUCUUUUGGACUUUGCAUUCUG